UCCAAGACUCGUUGAAGAUGCAGUGUGGGUGAGAGGACCGAAAGGGAGAGUGGGCAACCGUGGUUCAUGAAAAAGAAAAAAACUCCACAGACGAACGGGAUGCAAGGCUGUAUGUGGACAAACUGAAAGCUGUUCAGUGCGCUUGAGGAAAGAAGAUAUCUGAGAUGUGUGUUGUUUAAGUUAUGAGGGAAGGUAGGGCAAAAGGGGGCGAUUGUUGAAGCGUUACCUCCAGAAAGACUACUUCUGAACUAACUAUGAAUUUGGAAUAUUCUUGGCGUACUAUCCUGGAUUUCAAAGAACGUUCACCCAUUGUAAAUCAUCACUGACAAAAUGGGAAUUACAUGGGGAAAAUAUUCAUCGAGUUCCUGAAUGCGAAGGAAAAGGAGAAAAAAAUAUCGAUUCACCAGUGAUUUAGUUUAUUAAAUCGUAAAGUUGAAUAUUACAAUAUUGUAAGAUCUUCCCCUUCACAGAGUCAAUUCGGCUUGAUGGGAAUAAGUUACUUUCAUUGAUCAACUUUAAAACGAUCAUUCAACAAAGGAAAGAAACAUGUAUUUGGGUAAAUCACUUUUGUUUUUUCUUCUUUUAAAUUUCGUGACAAUGAGUUUGUCACUAUCCACUUGCACUACAGUGGAUAUUGACAAUAUAAAGAAAAAAAGAGUUGAGGCGAUCCGGGGACAAAUUCUGAGCAAGCUUCGAUUGACAAGCCCGCCGCCUCAGUCAGUGGAUCCGAACCAGGUUACCUCCCAAGUGCUGGCCCUGUAUAACAGUACGAAGGAACUGUUAGAGGAGUUGGGGAGGGACCGACAGCAAAGUUGUGGCCAGGAUAACACGGAGACCGAAUAUUACGCCAAAGAGAUAUAUAAAUUCAACAUGAUUCAGGGAUCUCCGGAGAACAAUGAUUUGCCCUACUGUCCCAAGGGCAUCACUUCCAAGGUGUUCCGGUUCAACGUCUCAGCCAUGGAGAAGAACUCCACUAACCUUUUCCGUGCUGAGUUUCGGGCACUGCGUGUGCCCAACUCCAGCGCCAAGAGGAACGAGCAGCGAAUUGAACUCUAUCAGAUUGUGAGGAAGGAGGAGCAUAUCGCCAAGCAGCGCUACAUUGGAGGCAAGAAUGUCCUGACUAAGGGAACACCCGAAUGGGUCUCUUUUGACGUGACAGAAACAGUCAGAGAGUGGCUAAUGUACCGAGAGACUAAUCUGGGCCUGGAGAUCAGCGUGCACUGUCCCUGCCACACCUUCAACUCCAAUGGAGAUAUCAUAGAGAACGUCAACGAAGUGCUUGAGGUCAAGUUCAAAGGGGUGGAGGGGGACUAUGAUGAACAGCAUCGCUUAGACCUCAGCCGACUGAAGAAACCGAAGGAGCAGCUCUUCCCCCACCUCAUACUCAUGAUGCUGCCACCCCAUCGUUUGGACGCCCAGACAUCGUCCCGCCGGCGCAAGCGGGCGCUGGACACAAACUACUGCUUCACUAAUUACGAAGAGAACUGCUGUGUGCGCCCUCUCUACAUCGACUUCCGACAGGACCUGGGCUGGAGGUGGAUCCACGAACCCAAGGGCUACUACGCCAACUUCUGCUCCGGGCCCUGCCCAUACCUACGCAGUGCUGACACCACACACAGCUCGCUGCUGAGCCUGUACAACACCCUGAACCCAGAGGCCUCAGCCUCCCCCUGCUGCGUCCCCCAGGACCUGGAACCCCUAACUAUCCUGUACUACGUGGGACGGAACCCCAAGGUGGAGCAGCUGUCAAACAUGAUCGUCAAAUCCUGCAAGUGCAGCUGAGAGCGAGGCGGUGGUCUGGCAGAGAGUCAUCUGGCGGGCGGGCGGGGGGGGGUUGCUGAUGGGGCGCCCACCCCAGUUGCCCCCCCUUACCAAGAAGAAUACCUCUGUCCACCUCACACCAGGGGCCCGCAUGAAAGCGACAUGGCUGCCCGCUCUACCCACACACUGACCGUGUGCCCAGACGGCUCGGCUUGAAAAAACACCACUUAAAAAAAAAACAUCUUAGUGUGAGGACAUGCUCCAGAACCAGACCUCUACACAAUUUCUUCUCUUUUUUCAACUUUUUUUGGUUUUGUUUUUGUUUUUUUCUUCUCAAGUUCCAAGUGUUUUUUCCUUGAUUUUUUCAGCAUUUUGUGAACUGGCUCUUUUGCUUGAUAAUCCUGGGCAUUUCAGAUAAACCUCUGUUAAAUUCUUUUUAAAAAGACAGACAAAAGCUUUCUUACCACAAGCAGUAGGAGAGCUGCUGGCUCAAAGCUGCAGUCGAAAUAAAGAAGAAUCUGAAAAUGCCUGCUGGAUUUAAAGUGAAACGAAUACGAAAGGGUAUAUUAAAGCACUGUAUGGCCAAAGCUACAGCAGCAAAUCCUUUUUUUGGGAAUGCCCACUUAAAGCCUUGACGUACCAAAAAGCGUACGGAGGGGAUUCUCCAUGCUGGAAACUAGCGCUGGGCGCAUCACAGUACCCGACACUGUUCAUCUAGGAGACAUGCUUAUGGAUUCAAAUAGUCUUAGGAAAAAUACAACAUGCUGGAAAAGAACUUUACUUUUGAAAUAAUAUUUUCAUCGUUGCGUUUACCUCUGUUACACAACAGAAUUUUAGGGACGUUUUCGUUCAUAAAUGAAGCCGACAUUUUCUGUUGCAAAAAAAGAUUAAUAAUGUAUGUCACUAAGUGAACAUUUCACAAAAUCACAAACUGUUAAUAUUGUUAUUUCUAUUACUCCUGAAACACUUUUUAUAUUAAAAAAAGGUCUUGGACAAAUUUUGUUUUCUUUAUGCAUUUCAGGCAAAGCCAGAUGACAUUUUGAAAUUUUCCUUUUUGAAAUGUAAUACAGACUCUCACUCUUGCUGUAAGGUGUACUGUAAAUGGAUGAAUAUGGUAGAAUUGUUUCCAGUUGCUGUCUUGAUGUUGCAUGUCUUCCUGCCCCUAGGUCACUGCUCCCACUACUCAGUAUAAUAACAUUAGUGAUGACUAAAUAUCCUUUUAAAAAAAAAACCAUUAGAGUUUCAAUAUGCAAAUACGAAAUACUAGAGAAAACCUGUCGAGCAGAUAUGUUGUAUCUUGUACAUCCUCCUGAAUUCAGUUUUUUUUUUUUUUUAAAUACAUCGUUAAUCAA